AUGAAACAGCACCUCAAGACCACGAUCUCAGCUCUGGCCAACGGCGCUAUAUCACCCGCCGAGGCGGUGACCGCCGUCGUCUCCACCGGAUUAGCCCGCGUCGCGACGCAAUCCAGCGACUCAGUUGGCUGCGAAGGCGACACCCCCGGCGCGGAGUCCUUCUUCUGGACGCUCUGGGCCGCGGUCCUGGAUGCGGUCAGAGAAGGCUCGGUUGACGAUGAGGCCUCGCGGGCACGGGUCGAUCGAGCCGUCGCCUUCGUCGCAGCUAUGAAGGCGCUCCCGCCUGACGACGGCUCGCCCAAGUGGACGCUCUGGGGCGAGGCGCAGACAUGGCGCGACCUGCCGUUGCUGGGCCCCACCGUUCGCGAGAACUACAACGGCCCGUUCCAGAACAGGCUGAGAGACGCCAACGCGCUGUACAUCUCGGAAGAAGGACAGGCCGCCAUCGCACGGGCCCACCCAACGAUCGGGGCGGAUGGUGCACCGAACGGCGACCUGGCCGACGUCCAGCGGUCCUGCGAAGCCUGGCUGCUGCUCAACCUCUUCCUCGCUCGGCUAUGGCGCGCGGGCGCCGUCGACUGGGCGGCGCUCUACGCGCUCUGGGCGCUGCGUUCCGGGCUGGAAGACGCCCCGUCGCCCCUGCCCCGCCCCUCCGCCUCCCCCGUCGACGCGUACGUCUCGCUCGCGGUCGAGGUCGCGUCGCUCUGGCUGCAGCACGCCGCCCCGCUCGUUUACCGGUGCACGGACGUCUGGGGCCCGAACGGCCGCGCGGACUGGCCCGGGAACCGCGGGGCGCCCGGGCGCGGCGGGAGGCGGUGGACCGGCGUGGACGGGUUCGAUGCGGAGCACGCGAGGUGGGCGCUGUGGAAGAGCGUGCUGCGAGAGGUGGCGCGGUGGUGCGAACAGGUGGAGGGGGAGGGACGUAUGAAGGGUUGGAAGAUCGGGCAGGCGACGGAGAAGGCUCUCGAGGCGAUGGAGGCCGCUGAGCACAAUGCAGACGUGUGAUGUCUGUAGAACAUUCACGGCGAUGAUGUAUACCUUGUUGCGACUACCUCGAUGACCCCGUGCC